AUGGUGUUGGACACAUCCAAAACCAAAAUGGUUUGGCACAUCCAAGACCAAAAUGGUGUUGGAUACUUCCAAGACCAAAAUGGUGUUGGAUGCAUCCAAAACCAAAAUGGUGUUGGAUUCAUCCAAAACCAAAAUGGUUUUGGACGCAUCCAACACCAAAAUGGUGUUGGAUACAUCCAAAACCAAAAUGGUGUUGGAUACAUCCAAAACCAAAAUGGUGUUGGAUUCAUCCAAAACCAAAAUGGUGUUGGAUACAUCCAAAACCAAAAUGGUGUUGGAUACAUCCAAAACCAAAAUGGUGUUGGAUACAUCCAAAACCAAAAUGGUGUUGGAUUCAUCCAAAACCAAAAUGGUGUUGGAUACAUCCAAAACCAAAAUGGUGUUGGAUACAUCCAAAACCAAAAUGGUGUUGGAUACAUCCAAAACCAAAAUGGUGUUGGAUACAUCCAAAACCAAAAUGGUGUUGGAUACAUCCAAAACCAAAAUGGUGUUGGAUCCAUCCAAAACCAAAAUGGUGUUUGCGCAUCCAAAACCAAAAUGGUGUUGGAUACAUCCAAAACCAAAAUGGUGUUUGCGCAUCCAAAACUAAAAUGGUGUUGGCGCACCCAAGACCAAAAUGGUGUUGGAUGCAUCCAAAACCAAAAUGGCAUUGGACACAUCUGA